CAUUCAGACUUUAGUAACAUUACAAAAUGAACAAAGUAAACAAAAUAAACAAAAUGAAACAAAUUGCUCCUAGCUUUGCCCGAGUUCUGGUCUGCUGUAGCUGCUGGUCUGCUCCUUGGCCUAUUGUUGCAUUGCAGUCCAUGUUCAACAGAAGAUAUUAGGUGACGGGCUUGUUACAACCGAAAGUGAGAAAUGGGCAAGGUAAAGGAAGUUGGCCAACUAUGCAUUUCAUGGGGAGAGCUUAAAAAACAUGAUUCUAGCAGUGGUUGUUAGCGUUGAAACAAUGCUUGAGAAAUGGAAAGGUCGGGAAGGAAAAGAGAUGGAAGUGUUCCAAGAGUUCACAUUAUUGACUUCAGAGGUGAUAUCCAGAACAGCUUUUAGUAGCAGUUACUUGGAAGGGGAGAAGAUUUUCGAUUUGUUGACGAAGUUGUCACUAAUUGCAAGCAGAAAUGUUUUUAAAACAAGGCUCCCUAUCAUCAGCCGGUUCUGGAAAUCUUCUGAUGAAAUUGAAUCAGAUAAACUUGCGAAAAUGAUAUAUGAUUCUGUGAUGAAGAUUGUUAAAAAAAGGGAAGAGAUAGUAACCGGAGAAGCUGACAGCUUCGGCAAUGACUUUCUAGGAUUACUUGUAAAUUCCUAUCAUGAUUUGGACGAGAACAACAAGCUUUCCAUACAAGAUUUGGUAGAUGAGAGUAAAACUUUCUACUUUGCUGGGCAAGAAACAACUAAUUCCUUGCUCGCAUGGGCAAUCCUGCUUUUAGCAGUACACACGGAUUGGCAAGAGAAAGCAAGAAGAGAGGUGAUUGAGAUCAUUGGCAAAGGAAACCCAAAUUCUGAAGGGAUUGCCAAACUAAAAACUAUUACAAUGAUUAUCAAUGAAACUUUACGACUCUAUCCUCCUGCAACUGGCACGAUAAGAAAAGUAGAAAGAGAAGUCCGAUUAGGAAAACUCGUCCUGCCUAUUGAUUUAGAGGUUAACAUCUGAAUCCAUGACCCUGACUUAUGGGGAGACGAUGUUCAUCUUUUUAAACUAGAAAGAUUUGCUGAAGGGAUUUCUAAAGCUACUAACUACAAUGCGGCUGCAUUUUUCCCUUUGGAUUGUGACCACGAUCUUGCGUUGGAAUGAGCUUUGCAAUCACUGAAACAAAAAUUGCCCUCUCCAUGAUUUUGCAACGCUACACUUUCACCCUCUCCCCCACCUAUGUUCACUCACCUUUACCACUUAUUACACUGAAGCCACAACAUGGGAUUCAGUUGUUGUUUCAUUCACUACAUGAUGAUGCUUAAAAUAUAAUAUUAUUACCAAUAAAAUGUGGGAACAGAUCCUUGUAA